GUGAAGAUCCGAGUUGGAUCUGCAUGACGGACAAAAUGAUCCGUUUGGGGUUUUUGCUUCUCCUGGGAAUCUGCAGCUCUGAAGCUGUUUCUCAUUCUCUGAAGUAUUUCUACACCUCGUCCUCUCAAGUCCCAAACUUCCCAGAGCAUGUGGAGGUUGCGAUGGUUGAUGAUGUUCAGAUGGUUUAUUAUGACAGCAACACACGGAGAGCCGAACCAAAACAGGACUGGAUGAGGGAGAACAUGGAUCAGCAGUACUGGAAGACAGAGACUCAAGUAGCUCAGGGCGAACAGAAGAGCUUCAAAGCCGACAUUGAAAUUGCGAAGCAACGUUUCAACCAAACUGGAGGAAUUCACUUAGUGCAGAGAAUGUAUGGCUGUGAGUGGGACGAUGAGACUGGAGAAAUUAAAGGCUACGACCAGUAUGGUUAUGAUGGAGAAGACUUUAUAGCAUUUGAUCUGAAAUCAGAAUCCUGGACCGCACCAGUACCACAAGCUGUUAGCACCAAAAACAAGUGGGACCAAAAUACAGGUUAUAAUGCAGGUAGUGUGAACUAUCUAACCCAGAUUUGUCCUGAGUGGCUGAAGAAAUAUUUGAACUAUGGGAGAAACUCUCUGAUGAGAACAGUUCCUCCAUCAGUGUCUCUCCUCCAGAAGUCGUCCUCCUCUCCAGUCAGUUGCCACGCUACUGGUUUUUACCCCAACAGGGCAGAAAUGCUUUGGAGGAAAGAUGGAGUAGAGAUUCAUGAAGGUGUGGAGAAAAGAGAGAUUAUUCCCAACAACGAUGGGACCUUCCAGAUGAGUGUUGAGCUGAAACUUUCCUCAUCUGAAGACUGGACAAAGUACGACUGUGUGUUUCAGCUCUCAGGUGUUGAAGAAGAUCUGGUCACCCGACUGGACAAAGCAAACAUCAAGACUAAUGCAGUGUUCCCCAUUGGAGCUGUUAUUGGAGGUGUUAUUGUGGGUGUUGCAGUUCUGGCUGCCAUCAUUGCUGGAGUCGUGUAUUGGAGGAAAAACCCCAAUGGAUUCACAAAGGCAAAUUCUUCUGAGACUUCAUCUUCCUCAUCAGGAGAUUCAAAUCCUAAGAAAGUGAACAGCGAACAGGAGAAGAUGAUGAUGGCAAUGGGUUGAAUGCACAAAGAAUAAAGACUGGCAAAGAU